GGAGACAUGGACACAUCGUCGCCAUGAGCACGCGUGAAAGAUGGUUUGAUACUAGCCGCAUGAAGCCUUAGCAUAACGGCAACCGUUGGAGUGCAUAUGCUGAAGCGUGCUAGGUCAACUGCUGGACGUAGGCAGCAGGUCGGGAGACGGCGAUGGCACCGGCCAGCCAGAUUCGCGAAGAGCGAGGCCGGAAGAUGGAGGCUUAUGACAAGUAUGUUGCAUAUACACCAAGAAGAUACCAGCUGGCUUGGGACAAAAGGGAACGGGACUCGCAGAGGGCACAUGGAACGCGAAGGCGAGCAAGGCGUGGCUCUCGUCGCCAAACGCAAGCGUCAGAGCCUCUAAGUGCGUAAGAUACAGGCUAGGUAACCCGCCUGUGCGAGCUGUACUGGUCACACCGGCUCGAACACUGGCCUUCUCGCCCCCUGCUCUGCCAAUACGAUUCGCGAACGCUGCCCGUUCAACGGGCCCAUGCAUCGAUCCCGCCACCCUAGCUGCAUACAUAACGUCUUCUGUAAUCUAUUGUACAUCACCAGCAAACACUAGCGCGACAAUCGUGUUUCUAAAAGACCCGCAAAGUCCCGGGCCUCUGUAAGUUGCCUGAACACAAACUGUAGUGUCCUCUGUAAGCUGUUUCACGAUUCGUACUAUACUUGAUACUAUUACGUGCCUCUAGAAGAUAAAAGCCACGACAUCCGGAGCGCAGUCUCGAGGUCGCAAGCAAACGCGAGCUCCCUGACCAGCAGACGCAAGCUUCAUACAAGUGGAUGGAUCGCUUCUCCUUUGGAGCUCACACCGGCACGUCAUACUCGAGGGGGUCGCAGCCGGAGGUUGCCGAUGCCCCCCAACUCGUAGCGCCUUUCGCAACGACGGCGGCGGCCGCGCCGGUGCUGCUGACCAUCGACCACCUCGACCCUCCGCAACCACCACGGCAGCACCAGCAGCAGCCGUGGCAGCAACAAUACAGCGCACAGCAAUCCACGGUAUGGCACGGCUCUGCCGGCACGACCACCUCGCCUCCUCUGCCAGGCUGGGCCUCCUGUCCUGCCACGCCGUCGCCCGCAUCAGCGGCCGCCGCAGCCGCCACCCUUGCGGCCGGGCCACUCGACACCCACAUGACCCUCUUCCCUCGCCGCCAGCGCCACGCCUGGCAUGCAUCCGCCGUAGUGGCCACGUCUCCCACGCUUGGCUCCGCAACGGCGCUGCUGACGGCGGCGGCACCUUCCGGUAGCACCAGCGGCGGCUGCCGCACCGCGCCCGGCGGCCUCACCGCCGCUGCCGCGUGCCCCACGACAAGCGCCGGCGGCGGCGGCGCGGCGCCUGGAGCAGCCGCCGCCGGCGGUAACGGCAGUGGCGGCCGCAUCAUGAGGGUGCGGAGCCUUUCUGUGGACGGAUCCGUAUGCAGCAGCGGGGGCAGCAGUGGCGAGCACCAACAGCAGGCUCCGCCGUUGGCGGAGGAGGUGGCGGCGGCGGCGGCCGCGGCCGCGGCUGCGCGCGCCGCCGCGCAUUCACUUGCAACAGCAGCGACGGCGGCGCCGCAGUCCAGGAGGCCGGCCACACUGCUGCCGGCGUCAAAGCAGCCCCGGGCCAGGGCGCAGGAGGGCAGGGCGGAGGGCAACAAACGCGUCCGCAACGUGCCGCCCUGCAAAGGGUGCGGUUCGCAGCUCAAGCACGCGCAGUACUUCGUGCACCUCAAGGACAUCCAGCUUCGCGGCACCUGCCGCGGCGCCGCGUCCACGUCAGCGCCCAGCAGUCCGCCGCCGCCGCCGGCCGCCGCUGCGGAGGACGCCUCUGCAGCAGCAGAGGCGGCCGAGCGGCCCUCCGUGCCGGCGGCGUCUUCGGCGGUCCCUGCUGCUGCCGGCUCUACGGCGGCUGCCAGUACCACCGCUGUGCCUGCCUGGCUACCCUUCGCCGCUUCCGAUGCCUUUGCCGGCAGUGAGGCAGCAGCCACGAGACGCCGCUCCGGCAACGGGGCCUCGCCGCGCCUCCUAAGGACCAAGACAACCGUUGCCCCGCCGCCACCCACGCCCACACACAACGCGGCGGCCAAACGGCCGGCGGCCGACCCAGCCGCUGCGCCGCCAGCGCCAGCGCUGCGCAACGCCGCCGCCGCCGCGGCGUCUGGGGCGGUCACUACUAUCGCCACGACCCUGCUGGUUGCGCCGCGGCAGCCGCCGCCCCUGCUGCAACAUGGCAGCAUGGACAUGCGAGCUGUGUGGGCUGCUACCACUGGUGGUGGUAACCACAGUGCCGCCUGCGUGACCACCGCAGCCGCCGGCGCCAGCUCCAGCAACCCCUGCUUCCCCCAGUCGGAUAGUGGCGCCUUAUUCCCCCCGCUGUCGCACACGUCUAUCACGACGGCGGCCGGGGGAGGCACUGCGGUGGCAGCGCCUGCACCGCCGCAGCGGCCGCCGCCUCAGCAGCAGCGGCCUCAGCAGCCGCAGGGGCAGCCUCAGCUGCAGCCCGAGCAGCUGCUGGCGCCUGCGGGAGGCAGCUGGGACCUGUCGAGCGUGCGCAGCUCCUUGGCAGCUGCUGGUCCAGAUGACGUGCCGCUGGAGCUGCUGCUGGAUGGCGAGUUCACAGCGGCCAUGCACCGCCUCACCUGCGAUGGCAGCGGCGGCAAUCCCCUCGGCGGCGGCAACACCUAUGGCGCCCACACCUACACGCACGCCUUGGCGGGCCCCGCUUCCACCCCCGCUGGCGCCAUCAUGGCAUUCCCGCCAGCGGCAGCAGCCGCCGGUGGGGCGGCGGGCAUUACGCAGCAGCCUUCAAUGGCGCUGCGACAGCUUGAGUAUGAGUACACGCGCGCCGCCUACACCACUGCCACGGCCGGCGCGGCCGCCGCGGCCGCCCAGCCGCAGCAGCCGCUGCUGCAUUGGAUGGCGCACAACCAGCAACAUCUUAAUCAUAACCAGCACUACAACCAACAACACAACCUCCAAUAUCUACAACAUCCCCAAGCCCACCAUAUGCCGCAGCGUCAGCUGAUGCUGCAAGGCAGCAGUGGCAGUGCCGCUGCGCGCGGCGCCGGCGCCCACUGCUUUGGCCGCCACAGCGUGUCCGGCGGCAGCGCCAGCAGCAGCAUCGGCGAUCUCUACAGCCGCCCACUCGGCGGCGGGCUGAUCGGCAAUGGUGCUGACGUGUCACAGUCCGUGCCGCUGCCGGGCUCUCUGGACUGGUGGGACCAACAGCAGGCGCCUCCGCAGCAGGACUCCGUGGGUCCAUCGCACCCUUGAUUGGCUGCAGCAGCCGCUACACGGGCAACGCUGUCGUGCCAGUAGCCUGGCGGGGUGUGGGCUGCGUGUGUGUGUGGGGGGGGGGGGGUGGAGGUAUCGCCUUGGGAGUUGGGAGGCAGUUUCGGCGUGGCGAACCAGGUUGUCCUAUUUGCCAGAUAGGUUGGGCGUGCAAGCGCGCUGUAGACAAGUAGUACACAUUUUUGUGAUGUGCCGAGCAUGAGCCCUUCCAGAUAGCUAGGACCCCGCUGUCACACGGGUAACCGGACACAAAGCCAAUUUCGUUGCUUUGAGUCGUUUGGUGAUUCCACCUGCUGUUUGUUAACAUACAUUCAUCCCUAAACCCCUGCCACACGAUCGAGCAUUUGAUUGAUUGUGCCACUCGCGCUGGUGGCAGGUGAGGUGCGCAUGCUGUGUGUUUUUGUGCGACGCAAGGAUGGAGGGCGCACAGCGUGCAUGUGAGCAGUCGUGCAGACAGAUGGCAGCAAAUGAGGUCCGUACGUGUUGAAGUGGGCAGACUAGGAGCUGACGUAGAGGCCCAUACUCGUGGCGCAGCAGGCCGCUUGGGAUUGCAACAUAGAAGGCCAAUUCUUUCACCAGGUAGCACCCAUCGAAGUUAUGCGAUUGGAACGUUUCCCGCCAAGAAAGGGGGGGCGCAGCGUAUGAGCCAGGCGGUGUAGGGCCUUUCGUUGGAAAGUGCCCUUAAAGCACUGGCGCCUGGCGGCUUGCGUGAUUAGACGCACUGCAUAUGUGCAUGCUGAAUUGCUUAUGUACAUCGGAAUAAGCCUGUGAUUCGGAGCUUUGCUGUGUUGUGAGCAUUGAUGUACGGUAUGUGGUGUGUACAGUGUGCUUUCCUGCUCGUGUGUGAUGAUGACUGCGUUGAGCAAAGCAAGAGACCUGGUGCCAGGUGCGCCGGCUUGAAGACAUGGAAUGAUGGAAAUGGACAAUGGGAAGCACUUUGUGGAAGGCCAAAAAGCAUGAUCAAGAACAUGGCGGGAAUGCGGGGUGUCGUGUAACAUGUGCCCCACCUUC